AUGCUUGAGGCGAGCAGAGAGAGCAAGACAGACACGCCUGAGUGGAAAAAUGAUGCCAUCCCACCCAAUUUUGUUGCCUUGGAUGCAUGUACAAUAGAAAAGCAGGAUCAAUCUGGGCCACAUCAUGUUGUCAUGUUGAAACUAGAAAACAUUGUAGAGAAAUUGGGAGUUUGCCCCAGGGACAUUUUGUACACAUCUGGAAUGGGGCAGAAGUUUCUCUUUAGCUUGGGGGGAAUUCGGCUUAUAUAUUAUUUAGUCACUGUUCGUUCCACCGCGCGAUUCAAAUAA